AACAUCACACAGGUUUCUGUUUUAAAGCUGGCCAGCAGUGACUCUGCUGUGGAGAACAUUACUACAAUGAGGACUGUUUUGAUUGCUCUGAUUCUCUCACUCUCAUCAUCAGCAUUUUCACAAUCCAGAACUCACUUUUCACGUUAUCCCUCAUGGAAUUCUCAAAUGUAUCCGAUCUGGAGGGAUGGAGAUCUUAGAUACAGAGAUUGCUGGAAAGGUGGAGAGGUGACAUUUGAGGUCAGAAGUGAUUCUCCAACAAUGACAGGAGCAAAAGCCACCUUCAGCAUUGACAUUCGUUUUCCCCAGAAUCAGACAGUGCUAUCUGAUGGACAGGUGGUUUGGGCAAGAAACUGUACGAUUGAUGAUACAGCAUAUACUAUGAACCAGGCUGUAUACCCCGAGUCUGACAUUCUGAAUGAAUGGACUGGUGUCUUCCCUGAUGGGACGCUCUUCACUAAGAUCUCUAACAGAAAACCCCAAUUCAUCUAUGUGUGGAAGACGUGGGGAAAAUAUUGGCAGGUGGCUGAUGGUCCCUCUUCUCUCCUUACCAUUGGCACAGACAACGUGCCUCUUGGCUCUUUUAACAUGGAGGUGGUAAUUUAUCACUGUCGUGGCAAAGACAAGUUCAUUCCUCUUGGUUAUGCAUCUACCCAGUUUUCCAUCACUGACCAGAUCCCAUUCGUAGUUACAUUGUCCCAGGUUGGUGACAUCAACCAGGGUGAUCAAAGCUUUAUCCAGAGCAGAGCUGUGUCCUUUAGCGUUGACCUGCAUGACCCCAGCCAUUACAUGAGUGGAUCAGACAUAACCUUCAACUGGGACUUCGGGGACAACAGCGGAACUCUCAUCUCUCGGGAAACUACUGUAACCCACACGUACCUCACAACUGGUUCCUUCAGGCCCCAAGUGGUUCUGAUAGCAGCCAUUUCAGCUGGUUGCCAGCGCGAGCUGACCCCCGCAGCCAGUGUCACUCCACCUGUUCCAGCCACAGAUGCAUCAGUUGCUUUCUCCCCCAUUGUGCCAGAUGAAGCUGCAGCAGUGGAAGACAUUGGCUUGGCUGUUUCUCUGCAGCCUGUUGAUGUCACACCCAUGGCAGAGGAGGUAGUUGCAGUUGGUGCCACUGUAGUGACCAGUGACUUGGCAGUGGCAGAAACUAACACAGAAAUAGUAUUAGAUGCUGCUGCAGAAGUGUCCACUGUUGCUGUAGAUGCAGCUGUGGCUGAAGCUGGCAACAUGGCUGCAGUUACAGUCACUACACCUGUAGCUGUAGAUGCACAACCUACAGCAGAACUUCCUGUUGCUGAUGCUGCCGCCUCAGUUCCACCUGCUGCAGAAAAUGAGGUUCUCUUCAACCAGGCUGCUACUGUUCUCCAAGAAUCCCCUGCUUCUAUCAAUGACACAACCACUAUGCAAACAGUAAUAGAAACAGCUGCACCUGCUGGUGAUAUGCUAAGUGUUUUGGUCAUGGAGGCAACAGUGGAUGAUGUUGUAGCGUCUGUAGUUCCUGCAUCAGAGACAGUUAAUGAAGCCAUUGCUGGAGUCGAUGAGGUGACUGAAGUCAUUGCUGGAGUAACUAAUGUCCCUGAGGCAACAGUGAGUGGUUUAGCAGCUGAAGUGGAGGUGGAGGCAACAGAAGCAACUCAAGCUGCUCUAGUUAUUGCAAAGCGACAAGCACCAGAGAUGCCAGAAGAAAGCAACUGUAUGAUCUAUCGCUACGGCUCCUUCUUCACAACUCUUAAUGUUGUCCAGGGAAUAGAGAGUGUUGAGAUUGUGGAGGUGAAUAAUGUGUUGACACUGACCACAGAGCUGGAGCAGAAUGCAGUAGAUUUCACAGUCACAUGCCAGGGAAGCCUUCCCAAACAAGUGUGUACCGUGGUCUCUGAUGCAGACUGUACAAGCCCUGUACAGACCCUGUGUAACGCAGUGACUCCAACCCCAGAGUGUCAGAUGGUGCUGCGGCAGUUUUUCAAUGACUCUGGCACCUUCUGUAUCAAUGUGUCCUUGACCAACGAUGUCAGCUUAGCUGUGACCAGUGCCAGGGUCAGUGUGACUAUCGACACAAGUUCAUCAAGAAACACUGUUGGAGCAGUACUGGGCGUCCUGGUUUUGAUUUGUGCUGUGGGGGCCAUUGCUUUUACAUACAAGCAGUUUAAAGGAUACCAUCCACUAAGAGAAGAUUAUACAAGCAGCAGUGUGGCUUCUGGAAGGAGUUCAGUGCCUUUAAUGCUGUGGAACCUUCUGAGUCGUCAGUCUGCUGGAGAGAGCCAUCCACUUCUGCAGGGACAAGUGGUGUAACAGCUUUACUCUUCUGAACAUACAGUCUUCCAACAGAGGAAUUAGAUAUGAGACAAAGGGCCUCAUUUUAAAAUAAAUGUGUUGUGUAACAAUCUUCACAUUAUCUUAAUGAUGUGCUAUUUUGUGUCUCAUUCACAGCAUAAUUAUACACUACUCUGUAUAUGUUCUGUGUGUAUUAUCAUAAAAAUAGAGCUGCAGAAGUUUCUUGUGUUUUUAUAAGCUGAAAAAAAAAACAACAACAUUACUGUAGAAAACUGAGUGAAAUAUGCAUAAUGGGGCUGGUGGGAUUUAUCAUCAGUUAUUAAUUUGGAAUAUGAAUGGGAUCAUUCUAUAAGCAACCCAUGUAAACAGCUUAAUAGGAAAGCUGCCUUUAGAAUAAUCAGAGAAUAGUCACUUUAUUACUGUCCAUAUCAUCAUAUUAAUUGCUCUUCACAGAAUGUUGAGCCAACAUUUCUUGACAAACAUUAACAUUUAUGGCAUUAACACAACAUGAAGUUAUAUGAUGUCUCUAUUUAACAAACUUAUAUUAAAGGUGCACUCGGUAUUUUUUCCUCGAUAAAAAAGUUUAACUCCUAAAGACAUGAAUUGUAGUUAUGCAAUAUAUGUAGGAAAUCAUGACCACUGUUUUAUUAUACAUAAAGAGGCUGCCAUAUUAGAAUCACAUGACCAGCAGAAUACUACUCGCUUAAUUUCACUAACUGUCCUGUUAUCUGACACUUUCACUCAUUGAUAAAAGUAAUCAUGGCUGACUGUGAAUAUUACAUUUCUACAAUGACAUCUGAAACUGAAAACAAUUAAUUUUGAAUGAUGCUGCAUCCACACCACUAGGCGUCACUGUAAGUCCAAGAUAACACAAAGACAAAAGUUACUGAAUGCACCUUUAACUUUAAAUUAAUAACAAACAUACAGCUUUUUAGGGGUCCAAGCACUGAAGGUGCUGGAACCCUUUUGAAUUAUUUUAAGAUUUUCUGGUAACACUUUAGAAUACUGUUUCAUAGUUAAUAGGUAACUAUGCAGGAAAUAAUGCAGGACACAUGAGUAGUACUACAUUAACACUUCAGACACUACUAUUAACUAAUAUAGAAACACAAUUAACUAAUCAGUAAGUAUUUGCGAUCUCAUGACUGUGAUAGCUCACUGUUAGCUAAUCAACAUUUGCUGAAUUUUAUUUGCCUCAUUGAGAACUAUUAACUAAAUAUGGGUAAAUAAAAAGAACUACUAAUUAAUUACUCAUCACAGCAUUAUCUCCUCAAAUCCCAGUGUCUGAAAUGUGAACAAUUAUACUGUUAUUGUCAACAUGAAAAUGCAUCAUCAGAGAUGCUAUUUGUCAUGUGUUUUUUUUAACCGGAAAUCAGUUUAUGAACGUAACACCACUCUAACUCACCUAGUCUACAGUGUCUAGUAUCAUGAGUAGUCAGCUUACCUUAAAUAAACCACUUUCUGUUUGUCUGAGAGUUGAGUUCUCCUUUGCGAAGCAGAUUGUGUUUGUUUGCAA